UUGUGGAAAUAUGAUCUAAAUCAGCUGAGACGGCAGUCAAUGAAUGUUGACCUUAAUCCUCAUAUAUCUGUUUACGAAUACUAGAAAAGGUCUUUUAGUAAAAGGGUGCACUGUAGAUUAAGUUAGAAAGUGCGAAUGCAAUUCACAUAUAACAUGUAACCAUUGCGUCAAACCAAUGUUAAAAUUAUGCAUUGUAAACUUUCACUUUGUCGAUAUUUAUGGUUAUGUACACUAUUCGUCCUAGCUUUUACCACGGAUUUAAUUAAAGGUGGGAAUACUCAGUACAAUGUGGAACAAAUCUCUUCGUGUCAAGUUAAAAUAUCUAACUAUGGAACUAUUAAUUUGAAACCAUUGGAAAGGAAUGAUGGGUUCCCAAGGUUUUCUACAUAUUACAGAGUGACCAAUAGACUACGGUCAGAACUAUGGAAUUAUAGCUUUAAUCCUUGCCAGUCUUAUAAUGAACCGUUUGAUCUUGGGGAUAAAAAUAGAUAUGGUGAACCUUGUAUGUCAGUCUCAAUUUGCAAAUUUGGUAAAAUAUUAAACAGGCAGUAUUAUUACACAUAUGGUCAACAUAAUUCAGCCAACUUUAGUGUAGCAGUAAAGAGUAUAGAUAGUCCUCCUAUUGUUACAUUAACAUUUAAUGGAACUGGAGGUAAUUCCAAAAAGAAAUCUCAUAUCCAUUUAAUCUGUGAUAAAAGCCUAUUAAAUCCUGACAGUGCAGUGUUUAGUUUAAAGCAUGAUGAUUUGAAAACUGGUAUUAUAUCAGAACUUCGCCAUAUAUGUUGUUGUCCUAAUGCCUGUAUAGAUGGUAUCCCUACUAACAACUCAACAAACCUGUCUGUAGAUGCUGCUGAUGAUAAAGAGAAGAAAAAGUCAGACAGUAGAACUUUGUUAUUGAUAGUAGCAUUAAAUCUUGGCCUGCUGGUUUUUGCUGGUAUUAUUGGUACAAUGUGUUACUCAAAGAGAUCUAGUCCUAGUAUAUACUCAAAAUUACCAGGUAUUGGGACAGUACCAUCAACACGAGUAAAUUUCAGUUCCAUAGAUUUAGAAAAGGACACUUUAGAAAUGCCUAAAUCAUCUAGGUCUUCCAUAAGAGAUUAUGAACCAUGGGCUGAAAGGAAGAAACAAGUCAUGAUGCCUAUAUUUGAUGACUGUGUUAUACCUAAAGAUAAUAUAGAGCUAGCACAAAGGUUAGGAGGUGGUUUGUAUGGUGACACAUAUGUUGGUGAUGUAAAAGGCUUAAAGGUCGCUGUUACAAGGAUUACACUCAAUCUACACAAAGAGCAAAAAACAUCAGAAAUGUUACAAUGGCUCAAAGACGAAGUAUGGUUUUUGAGCCGACAGCGACACAGAAACAUUGUAGCCAUGUUAGGGUUGUGUACAGAUGCAAAAUUUCCAUAUAUAAUGUCUGAAUUUAUCGAAGGCUUCACAGUUAAAAAUUAUAUACAGAAUAAAGGAGAUUUAGUGUCCUGGCCACUCAGAGUCAAAAUUUGUUUGCAAGCUGCUGAUGGUGUUGCCUAUCUUCAUUCUACAAAACCUCCAAUCAUACACAGAGAUCUUAGAUGUGCUAAUCUGUUUAUAUCUCAUCAUGAAAUUGUAAAGGUUGGAGAUUUUGGUUUAAUUAAACUGAUACAACCAUUAAGGAAGUUAUGUCAGCAGGAAGAUUGCUGUUGUCAAGGUCAUAUCUGUGCUUGUCCUUCCUCCUUAAGAUGGACUGCUCCAGAGGUCUUAAACCACCCCACUUCAGAAGAAAAAGAUAAAUUCAUCUCCCUUAAGUCCGAUUCUUACUCCUUUGGUGUGUGUAUGUGGGAGGUAGUUAUGUGUGAGGAUCCAUUUGAUGAUGUACAAACAGAACAAGAGGUGAUGGAGUUGGUUAGAGAUGGUAUCCGUCCUGAAAUCCCAAAUACUGUUGAUAUAAUGCCUCAGUACAGAACAUUAAUGAACCAGUGUUGGAAUGGCGAGCCUGAAAACAGACUUUCUUUCAAACAGAUUGCAACCAAAUUGAAAGAAUUAGUAUCCCAAGCAAGAACUUUUCAAAAGAAUAUUUUAAGCAAACAGAAACUUCAAAAAUUACAAUACGAAAUUGGGGUCAGUGACUCAGAUAGUGUAAAUAGAUUAAAAUAUGACAGUGUUAAACGACUUCAUAGAGAUUCGGAAAGUAGUACAACAUUCAGAAUAGACAGUGGAAGAGGACGUGUUCAUAGAGAUUCAGAAAGUAGCUGUGUACAAAAUAAUGACAUCAGUACUCCACGACUUCAUAGAGAUUCAGAAAGAAGUUCUAAACCAAAAUCAGACAAUGGUAUUAAGAGAUACCAUAGAGAUUCAGAAAGUAGUUCCUUAAUGAAAACAGAAAAUGGUUCUCCACGACUUCACAGAGAUUCAGAAAGUAGUUCCAUAUUGAAAACAGACAAUGUUACUCCACGACUUCGAAGUGAAUCGGAAAUAAGUUCAAUACUGAAAACAGACAAUAGUACUCCACGACUUCACAGAGAUUCAGAAAGUAGUUCUAUAUUGAAAACAGACAAUGUUACUCCACGACUUCGUAGUGAGUCGGAAAUUAGUUCCAUAUUGAAAACAGACAAUGGUACUCCAAGACUUCACAGGGACUCGGAAAGUUGUUCAGUAUUAAAAAUAAGCAGCAAUAAUUUAUCCAAAAAUGAUAGCUUCAAAGGAUCUGUGAAGAAAGUGGAUUUCAAAGAUGAUGUUUAGCAUUAAUUCAGAUAAUUUUAUUGGCAGGAUGACAACCAAAAUAUUGCAUAACUUUCAUUGCCUGAAACUUAUUAUUCAGAAAACAAUAACAGCAGCAAUUUCCAUAGUGGAGGGACUAUUUUUCCAUGUCAAUCUCACCAAAAAAUCCUUCCAUCAAAGAAGACAAAAAUGUAGUUUUUAGUUAAAACAUGUUAAUAUUUAAAUCUGAUCUUUUACAAACUAAAAAGGAAGAAAAUCAUAAGUUUGCCCAGGAAACUGCUCUGAAUAGCUAUAAUAAUGAUAGUAAAUUGGACAAACACAGUCAGGUACAACAAAAUUAUCAUUCAUGAGGAACUCUAUGCUUUCUUUGGAAUUAUUUCAAACAUUUGUUAUUGCC